CUUCAGACCGAGCCCUUUUGUUCACCCCGCCCCAUUCCCCUCUAAGCCCCGCCCAUCUCCUGGCCGGUUCUCUCCGAGCAUGCUCAGAACACCCGUUAGUGCCUCUUGUGCGCCGCCAUCUUUGCUCCCGGUCCCUCCGUCCGGCUCCAGCAUGUCCGAGAGCUGCGUUCAAACAUGGGAAGUUUUAGGUCUCUAUUGAUAAUUUUUGCAAUAUGUGUGUCCUCAAAUGGAAUUUUGGAGGAUCCCAUAGGGAGUACUUGGGGUCUGCAUACAGAAACACUCCAGGAAAUGGAGUGGUCUCAGAGGGUCCCGGCCAUGGCGGUGCAGGAGCCCCGCCCCAACCACACCAUCGACACCAACAACCUCAACGAGGAGAUCAACAAGGACGGUUUUGGACAUUUUGGGCUGGCGCAGUCUCCGCAUGCGGGGCCAGGCCUUCGUCAUGCUCAGGGAGAUGAGCAGUGCCAGCAACGGCCUGCGCUCCAUGCAGGGCUUCCCCUUCUACGGCAAACCCACGGGGAUGCCGCCGCUGGCGCAGCCGCCCCAGAUGCUGCCACACCUGGGGGGGGGAACCGCCCUACAUCCCCCCCUGGGCAUGAUUCCAGCCUGGGAAUGGCCCCAAACCCUGGAAUGGCCCCCAUGCCAACCCCACAGCCUCUGUCGGAGAACCCCCCGAACCACAUCCUGUUCCUGACCAAGCUCCCCAAGGAGAGCAAGGAGCUGAUGCUGUCCAUGCUCUUCCAGCAGUGAGAGCCGGGAAUCGGGAAUUCGGGAAUUCCGGGGACUGCGGGAGCUCAGAGUGGGGAGGGGGAGGAAUUUUGGGGGAAAUAGCAUGAUAUGGUGAGAG